AACGUUUCCUUUAACCCUGAGAGGGGCGUUACACCUAAGGUGUCUGGGAGGCUAUAGAGCCAAAAGAAGGAGAGGACGUAGACAUAAAAAAGGAAAAAACAUCCAAAGCAUUUCUUCUACAGGUGCUCCCAGAAGAUCUCAUCCUACAAGUUGCAACGAAGAAGACGGCAAAAGAUGUCUGCGACUGUCUUAAAACCAAAUUCAUUGGGGCAUAUCGUGUCAAGACGGCACACCUACAGACACUAAAGAGUGAAUUUGAUGUGAUGCAAAUGAAGGAGGGGGAGACGUUGGACGAGUAUGCUGGAUGAUUGAACGGAAUCUCUACAAGUUUUACAAAUUUGGGAGAAACGCUGGAAGAAUCACAGAUGGUGAAAAUUUAUUCAACAUUGUGCCCGCCGAUUUCCUUCAAGUUAUUGCAGGUAUUGAACAAUUUUGUGACCUUGAGAUCAUGCCUUUUGAGGAGGCAGUUGGGCGUCUAAAAGCAUUUGAGGAGCGGACACGAUUACAUGCACCGACAUGUAAUGGGGACAAUCAACUUCUACUUACCCAAGUUGAAUGGGAGGCACGACAGAAAUCUAAGGGAGAUAAUGGAUUCUCAAACCAUAAAGAAGAAAAUUAUCGUGGAUGGAAUGUUAACCGUGGCCAGGGUGGACGCGGACAAGGUCAUGGAAGGGGUCAUACCAGAAGUGAACAUGGUGGUGUUCGUGAUAAAAGCCACAUCAAAUGUUUCAUUUGCAACAAAAUGGGUCAUUACGCAUCCAAAUGUUGGAGCAGACCGCGGGAAGCAGAAGUAAAUUUGGUGAGUACUCAAGAAGAGGAUCUUGUACUUCUUUUAUCUGCAACAACAACUCCAAAUGAAUGAGAAGGCGAGAGCGAGGACACAUGGUAUUUUGACAACGGCGCAAGUAAUCACAUUUUCGGGGAGCGAAAACACUUUCGUGAUCCAGAUGAAUCGAUCAUUGGGGCUUGUGAAGUUUGGUGAUGGUUAUGGAGUGCAAAUCAAAGGGAAAGGAUCUAUAUUGUUUCAAUUCAAGGGAGGCAAACAACGGCUCCUCACCGAGGUAUAUUAUAUUCCAGCCCUACGCAAUAAUAUCAUAAGUUGUGUACAGCUAGCCGAAGGGGGAAACAAGAUUGUUAUAAAUGGGGACCAUUUGUGGAUGUAUGACUCGUUUGGAACCCUGCUCAUUAAAGUCAAAAGGCUUCCAAAUCGGUUAUGCAAGGCUUUGAUAGCUUCAUGUGAUCCGGUCUGUUUACUCGCAAAUAUCAUAGAUGUGGCUUGGCUGUGGCACGCCCGACUUGGACAUGUUAAUUUUAGCUCUAUUAAAAUGUUAGCUCAGAAGGAGAUGGCAAUUGGAGUUCCACUGAUCAGCAAACCAAACAAAUUAUGCAAAGGAUAUUUAGUUGCGAAAAAAACCCGACAACCCAUUCUAUUACAAACAAACUAUCAUGAAAAGGAGCCUCUUGAAUUACUACACGCUGAUCUUUGUGGCCCAAUUACACCAUCCACUCUGGCCGGUAACAAUUAUUUCAUGCUUAUUGUUGAUGAUUAUUCUAGAUGGACGUGGGUCUUUGUAAUUAGAUUGAAGGAUCAAGUGUUUGGUCUCUUCAAAAAAUUCAAGCAACAAGUGGAGAAUAUGAGCGGGUGUCGGGUGAAGACGUUGAGAACCGACCGGGGUGGCGAAUUUCUAUCCAAUGAAUUCACCAAAUUUUGUGAAGAUGAGGGCAUCCAGAGACAUGUGACAACGCCAUAUACUUGACGUGCACUUUGUCACGGUGCGUCAAAAUAAAUUCAAUACUAGCACUAAUACGUAGUAUAGCGUAGUAGAGUUCGUAUCCACAGGGAAAGGAAUAAUUCUCUUUUUAGUAAAACUAGUAAAUAAGGGGGGUUUUGAGAUUGAGUGAUUUAAUUUAAUUAAAUACGAAGAUGAACGACUUAUAUGAGAUUUAAUUCAAAGAUAAAAAGGACUUGGCAUGGCUACUUUCCACUUGUUGAUAUAUUUUAGUCGAUCAUUGUUAUAUCUAUAACUUAUU